AUGGCCGAGCGACUGCUGUACAGCCCGGCGAUCGAGGUGUCCAUUCACCGGCCGUUGAGCUACCUGCGCCAGCUGGCCGUCGACGCCAGUCCAGACGAGGCCGGACUUUUGCGCGCCCAGCGUCAGCUGCUGCGCUCAGCCACCGCCCGUCUGCACCGCAAGGGUCUGAGCACCGAUACCGAGACGUACCGCCGCCUCGGCAUCCUCAUUCCGCCCUGGCGCUAUCCCGUCGCCUUUGAGCAGACCCUCAAUGCCCUGCGUGACUACUGGCGGCGUCAUCGUACCGCCAAGACGCUUGGCUGUGCUGCGCCCUAUCGUCAGGCCCGCGAUCGGGCGGCCGAGUAUCUGCGCAUGCUGGCCGACUUUGGCGACGGCGACGGUGACGGCUGCGUGCAUGCCGACGACGACAACCCUGACGACGACGACGACCCUGACUCGUCCACGCGCUUCGCCCACCUGCUGCCCAGCUCCACAGACAUGCGCGUCUUCCGGCUCGUCAACGGCAACCUGGAGAUCCCCAGCACCCUGCUCAAGGCGCUCGCCAGCGCCGGCCGCAUCGAGGACGCCUUCUUUCCCGACGAGCCGACCACCUGGCAGAUGUCCGCGGCGUCUCGAGAGGCCGACGAUGGCGCCGGUGAUGCUGACGAUGCUGAUGUGAUCGACGUGGACGAACACUUGUUUGUGGAUGCUGUCGAGCUGCCGAUCGACGACGACGACAAUGUCCACAAUGCCCAGGAGCUCAUGUCGCCCGUCGCCAUCAGACGUGUCCGAGAGGCCACCGCCCACUUUUUGCGCCAGCUUCAGCAGCCGAAUCAUCAGGACGUCGGAUCCUCCUCUUCUGUCGGACCGCUGAACAGCCGCCGAGCCAGCGACACUAACCGGCUUCUCCGUCGGCUUCUCGACCUCCACCAAGGACACGGCACCUACACAGACAUCCCUCCCAUCAUCAUCUGCCCGCUGCCCGUCCUCUUGCCGGGAUCGGCUGCGUCCAUGGCAGCCAUGGCCUCCAUGGCUUCUAUGGCUGCCUUGUCUGCUGUCUCGCCCGUCGUCGUGCCUGCAGAUGCCGUCGGCUUGUCUUCUUUGCUGUCGAAGUUGAACGCAGAGGCCGACAGUAUCGCCUCGUCCUCGAGCUCCCUCACCAGCAGCAGCUAUGCUGGCAGUGUCGAUAGUGCUAGCAGCCGCAGUAGCAGCCGCACUUCUCACAGCUCGACGUCCAGCUCUUCUUCAUCCUCUUCCGCAUCGUCGGCCUACUCCUCGCGCAAGCACCGGCUCCCCGUCAUUGACGAGAGACCGAAAAAGAAACACGGGAGCCGUGACUGGCUUGACUCCGUUUUCGACUAG